UCCAAACAAGCUCAAGCUUUGCACACUUCUAAGCUGAGCUCUUCACUCCAGCCAGUACUGUAUACAAAAUCUACAGUCCUUAAAACAAAGGAUUUGAAAACCCAUUUUACGAGGCACAGAGUUUGCUUUGCAAGCGGUAAUGGCUCUCCAGGCUGCUUCUUUGGUUUCCUCUGCUUUUGUUGUCCCCAAAGAGGGAAAAUCUAGUGCAUCUUUGAAGGAGUCAAGCUUGCUUGGAGUUUCACUCUCAGACCAUGUCAAAGCUGACUUUAGCUCUUCUACAUUGAAGUGGAAGAGGGAAUUCAACCAAAGAGUUAGGACUGUAAGAGCCCAAUCAAUGGCCACUGCUACUCCAGCAGUCAACAGGGCUUCUUCAGACGGCAAGAAAACUCUUAGACAGGGAUGCUGCAUUGUCACUGGUGCCUCCUCUGGAUUAGGUCUAGCAGCAGCUAAGGCUCUAGCUGAAACUGGAAAAUGGCAUGUAAUUAUGGCCUGCAGAGACUUCCUUAAGGCAGAAAGGGCUGCUAAAUCAGCUGGCAUUGCCAAAGAGAACUGCACCAUUAUGCAUCUGGACCUUGCUUCACUGGAGAGUGUCCGCCAAUUUGUGGAUACCUUUAGGCGAUCAGGAAGGGCACUUGAUGUGCUAGUUUGCAAUGCUGCUGUUUACCUGCCAACUGCAAAAGAGCCUACAUUCACUGCUGAAGGAUUUGAACUUAGUGUUGGAACUAACCAUUUGGGUCAUUUCCUCCUUUCAAGAUUGUUGCUUGAGGACAUGAAGAAAUCUGAUUACCCAUCGAAACGUCUCAUAAUUGUUGGCUCAAUUACAGGGAACACAAAUACAUUGGCUGGCAAUGUUCCUCCCAAGGCCAAUCUUGGUGACUUGAGGGGACUUGCAGGGGGCUUGAAUGGGCUAAACAGCUCAGCUAUGAUUGAUGGUGGUGAAUUUGAUGGUGCCAAAGCCUAUAAGGAUAGCAAAGUCUGCAACAUGCUCACUAUGCAAGAGUUCCACAGGCGUUUCCAUGAAGAAACUGGCAUUACAUUUGCUUCCCUUUACCCAGGUUGCAUUGCCACAACAGGCUUGUUCAGGGAGCACAUUCCUUUGUUCAGGCUUCUAUUCCCUCCAUUCCAAAAGUACAUCACUAAGGGCUUCGUCUCCGAGGAAGAUGCUGGAAAAAGACUUGCUCAGGUUGUGAGUGAUCCAAGCUUGACAAAAUCAGGGGUCUACUGGAGUUGGAACAAGGACUCGGCUUCUUUUGAGAAUCAGCUAUCUCAAGAAGCUAGUGAUGCGGAGAAGGCUCGUAAAGUGUGGGAGGUUAGCGAGAAACUCGUUGGUUUGGCCUAAUUAAGAAAGGCUGGAGAGAGUUUCUUGUGUACUAAUCUUUGCCAUGGGAGAGGAUGAUGUUAGUGCAAAAAAAAAAAAAAAAAUACUGCGUCCUUUCGUGAGUUUGGAUUUGGAUGAUUUGCUUCUGUAAACAAUUUUCACUUAGUAGGAGUAGAUGACUCUGUAUCAA